AUGCCUACUAGAAGUCAAAUGCAUGAAAUGAAUGAAAGAUCAGGAGAGACGGUGGAUGCACAUAAUAUUUAUAUUGAUGCAGAACAAUCAUCAUUUGAAGAAGUAGCUAAUAUUAUACCAAACACAGACGAUCGAGAAAUGUUAUGUUUAACAUUUAGAAGUUGGUUGAUUGGUCUCGUAUUCACUUGUGGAUUCACAGUUAUGAAUCAAUACUAUUACUAUGCGAGUGACGCUAUAUCAUUUGAUCCGAUAUUUGUACUUCUAUUGUCGUACCCGUUUGGUAUUUCAUUAGCAUACAUUUUACCCAAAAAAACAAUUAAGAUUUGGAAUUGGCAUUUUUCAUUGAAUCCUGGUAAAUUUACUAUCAAAGAACAUGUACUUGUUUAUUCAAUGGCUUCUUCUUCUUUUUUAACUUUACCAUAUGCAUUGGCUGUUUUUGAUACUAAGCGAGUUUUUACUAAAGAAACGGUAAACUUUGCAAUCGGAACGAUCUUUAUUAUUUCCACACAACUAAUGGGAUUAGGCAUAGCAGGCAUCAUGCGCCGUGUUUUAGUAUGGCCUUCUUCAUUGAUCUGGCCCGGAAAUUUACCUUCAAUUGCAUUAUUUCGAGCUCUACAUAAGCAAUCAUACAACAGUUUAGAAACGCUUAAAAUGGGUCGUUUAAGGUUCUUUAUAAUUGCUGCUUUGUGUCAAAGUGUUUAUUAUUGGUUACCUGGCUAUAUCAUGCCUGUGUUGGCUGCGUUUUCAUCUAUUUGUAUGACGCAACCAAGCAAUAGUAUUCUGUCACAAUUAACCGGUGUCAAUAGUCUUGCGAUGGGUUCACUUGUACUUGAUUGGCAGACGAUGACAGUUCGCAUACUAUCCCCAAUAGUUGUUCCACAAUAUGCACAAAUCAAUAUUCUUUGUGGUUUUAUUAUCUUUGUUUGGAUACUUACUCCUAUUCUCUAUUAUACAAAUAUAUGGAACUCGAAAAUGUUUCCUAUUGCUAGCAAUAAGUUAUACGAUUCAAACGGUAAUCAGUAUGACCUAACUGCCAUUCUUGAUAAGAAUUCUCUCCUGAACGAAACUGCCUAUGGAGAAUAUGGUCCAUUCUAUAUGUCUACCAGUAGAACACUAUCGUAUGGAAUUAGAUUUGCUUGGUUGUCAUCACUUGUUAUUCAUACAGUGUUGUAUCACGGCAAAGACAUUUGGAGACAAUGUCGUACAUCUCUAUCUCAUCGAGAUAAUGAUAUUCAUUGUAAAUUAACCCUUUCAGGACCGGGUUAA